CCGGUUCGACUAUUGGAGAUCUGGCCUCAGCGGUGCUCUCACGUGUUUCGGAAUUUGGUAUCUAAUAAAACAACAAUGCUUAAAUCAACUAUAAAUUGCGUUAAUGCGCACAGAAGAUGUUUAUCAUACUUCUCAAAUGCAUUUAACAACUUGGCCAACCAAAGUGCCUCAAGCCAAAACGUCAAAAAUUUGGAUUUGGAUGUUUUUGUUAACCAAGAUCACAAACAAAUGGAUUUAGUGGAUAAACUUGUAAAGCUGAGAAAGCAAAAGCAUUCUACAUCUGUGCCGCUUCUACCGAACAUAUUGGUGAAGCAACUACUGGACUUGUCCGGCCCCCAUGAUGCAGUUGCUGUUCUGCGAAAUCCUUUGCAAUAUGGCAUAUUCAUUGAUCAGUUUACGGGAUGCCAUUUAAUGGAUCUGCUGCUCCACAAUGGCAGCAUUAAGGAAGCUGCUCAAGUCUCUGCUCUACUUGUGGAACGCGACUUAUGCAAUAAUGAAUUGAUUUCUGCCCUCGCACUUAAAUCAUUUUACGCUUAUCUAAAAAUUUAUAAACCAAGCCCACCACCUGAAAAACCUGAGAAGCCAGAAGUGCAAAAAGUUCGUGUUAAAUUUCUGCGCAACAUCCCUGAGACGAUUGAGAAAUCAGAGGAGAAACUUCUCGGUGAAUCGCUAAUCAAAUUAGGCUUGAGUCCCAGCCUGGAUCAGGAAUUGGCCAAAAAUAUAACUCUGCUUGGUCUCAUAAUGUCUGAUAACUAUGCUGAGGCUGAGCAGUUUAUAUCACAAAAUGAACAAAGUCUGUACAAAGAUGCUGUGCAGCUGGGGCAGAAACUAAUUGAGAGCUUAGAGGGAAGAAGCAAUCCCGAAUUUAAAACUCUCCUAGAUGCAGCGCUAGCGAAGUGUGUGAAGGCGGAUUCAUUUGAUGAGAUUUUGGAUAAACGAGUUAAGCUAAGCGCCAGCAGCUUUGAGCCACAAUUGAUAUCGGAAUACGACAAAAGCUUUAAGGCGUGGCAGGCGAACUUUCAGCGCGCAGUUGAGGACCAAAUGAAAGUCCUUGAGACGAACCAACGCAUUGAGAACAUUGAGAGUACACUGAGUGCCAUGGAAGCGAGGAGACAAAAUCUGUGGUUCUUCGAGAACAAGGAAGAUAUCGACAUACAGAUCUUCAAGAAGAAAGUAUUCUAUCCCAAGCGCUGGUUCGGCAAGAAGAAGAAGCCAAAGACAGUCGAUGCAUUCUAUGUGCCUCCAACUAUAACUCGAGGACAUUGAUUGGAUUUGAGUCAAUUCGAUCUGAUCUGAUUUG